AUGCAUACCGACUUCUCCUUAGAUUUAAAUCCGAUGACUAUAGAGAGCGAGUACGACCGGGGAGUAAACACCUUUUCGCCAGAAGGCAGACUUUUUCAAGUGGAAUACGCGUUGGGCGCUAUAAAGCUGGGCAGCACGGCAGUUGGUAUCUGCGUGAACGAUGGAGUAAUCUUGGCCUCGGAAAGAAGAAUCGCCUCUGCAUUAAUAGAAAAACAUUCAGUGGAGAAGCUGCUGCCGAUAGAUGACCACAUAGGAUGUGCCAUGAGUGGACUCAUGGCCGACGCAAGGACACUCAUAGACUAUGCAAGGGUUGAGUGUAAUCAUUACAAGUUCAUAUAUAAUGAAAAUAUAAACAUAAAAUCCUGUGUAGAAUUAAUAUCGGAGUUAGCAUUAGAUUUUUCCAACUUGUCUGACAAUAAAAGGAAGAAAAUUAUGAGCAGGCCAUUUGGAGUUGCGUUGUUGAUAGGAGGGGUCGAUAAGAAUGGGCCUUGUCUUUGGUACACGGAACCGUCUGGAACGAACACGAGAUUUUUAGCUGCUUCCAUUGGGUCUGCUCAAGAAGGGGCCGAAUUAUUGCUACAAGAAAAUUACAAUAAAGAUAUGACCUUUGAGGAAGCUGAGAUUUUGGCGCUCACCGUUUUGAGGCAGGUGAUGGAGGAUAAGCUAUCUUCCUCCAACGUGGAAAUUGCCGCUGUUAAGAAGUCUGACCAAACCUUUUACAAGUACAACACGGAGGACAUCUCCAGGAUCAUCGAGGCGCUGCCGUCGCCCAUCUACCCGACGAUCGACAUGACGGCCUAG